AGAAAGAGAGAAGAAAUGUGUAAGAGAGUUAACGUGAAAGUGGUAAAGGGUGCAGAUUUCGUUGUCAGAGACCGACGAAGCAGUGACCCAUAUGUGGUUCUCAUACUUGGUAACAAUAAAACUAAGACCAGGGUUGUCCAGCAAAACCUAAAUCCGGUUUGGAAUGAAGAGUUUGUAUUUCCCAUAACAGAUACUAAUCGUUGCUUUCUCAAAAUAGUAACUAUUCCAAAUCUAAACUUGUUUUCAUUAUUUUUUAACAGAAAUUUAAAGAAUGAUACAGUGUGGGAUAAGGAUAAGUUUAUGAACACAGCUCAUCUUGAUCCGGAUAAAUAUAUAGGAGAAGUUGAAGUAGAUCUGAAUAAGCUUGUUAAUGGAGUGAGAAAGAGAGAAGAAAUGUCUAAGAUAGUUAAAGUGAAAGUGUUAAAGGGUACAGAUUUGGUUGUUAGAGACCGGCGAAGCAGUGACCCAUAUGUGGUGCUCACACUCGGUACUAAUGUAAAACGCACCAAGGUUGUAGAAAAGAACCUAAACCCAAUUUGGGAAGAAGAGUUUGAACUUCCCAUAACAGUCGACUCCUGCCUCAAACUAAAAGUGUGGGAUAAGGAUCAUCGUUGGAAGCUUAAGAAGGAUGACUUUAUGGGAGAAGCUGAAAUAGACCUGAAUCAGCUUGUUCAUGGAGAUCGUAAUGACCCUGCAAAACAGAAAAUUGUGUUGCCCACAUCAAAAGCAAACUGCUUUUUCAGAGACAGUUAUAUCACACAGUCUGCAGAUGGUAAGAGAGUUCAAGAAGUGUGCUUGAAGCUUCGUAAAGUUGAUUCUGGUGUUGUGGAACUGCGAUUAGAAUGUCCAGCUUAGAAUAAGCAAUGAGCAUACUAAUCUGAAGAUGUAAAGUUGUUCACUUUUCUGUAUCUUAAAUACAUCUUACUUAUUCCAUGCAAACACUACAUACUACUGGUC